GGUAGAAGACGAUUAAGCGCCAAAACACUAUCUAUAGAAUCCCGGAACCCAAGGCAAUCACCAACAGCCCACCCCCUGUUCAAAAACGCAACAGGAAACAAUAGCAGCGAGCAUAACAGAAACGACAAUUCCUUAUGCACACGUAUGCUGUUGAGUGUGUGCCACACUCAGUCAGGCAGUCAUUGGUAGCACUCGGAAUGUUUGUCUUCAGUUCACACCGUAGUUAUAUGUUAACCGUUCGCAGUGAUAAGUUCUUGAUAAAAUAUGAACGCUUCUAAAACAAUAGUGUGGGCUUAGUGAAUUAUUUAUUUAUUAGAACCUCAAACAAGAAAACGCACAGGCACACAAACCAAAGAGAAAAUCCAUUACGCUGAGAGUUGGUGUCGAGAUUAACAGCAUCGACAUUGCCUUCCUUAACAGGAAAUAGGAUGUGAAAAACAUGGAUAUGUUGAAAGGCCACUGUGUUUGUGUUGUGUAAUCAUUGUAAAAUGAAAAAGAAAAAACUUGAAAAACGUGGUGAACAAAAAUUUUGCCAAUAAUAAACCCGCUGCGAAAACUUGAGAUUAAACUUCAAGGUCGCCGCUCUUGAAGGACAAUAAAUUGGCAAUUUAAAAAAAGUAAAACAAAUCUAUACUACUACAACAGAAGAUUUGAAAAAAAAAGGAUGUGCAUACCUUUGAUAUACAUACACACAAACAACAAGGACAUUUUCGACUAGUAGCUGUGGGUAUUUUUCAUCACCGAACCCGAGAAUAUAGAUAUUUAAGUAGUUACACCAUAAUAAUUAAGCACGGCGUAAGAUAAGAUUCGGGUGGCAAUGAAGAUCCCAAUGAAGUUCUUUUGGACUCGGAAAUGGAAAAAGUUUUUGCCGGUCCUUCUACGCUGAAAGAAAAAUUCGAUGUAACUACAUUCCAGGACACAGUACUUCCACUACCGGGAAGCUUUAAAAAUAUAGUCAAUGUAAGUCGUAAAAAUUUACCAGGUGAACUGAACAUAGAAGAACACACGGAUUUCGAUCAUAAUAGUGAACCGUCAAAUGCUCAAAACUAUGAUGAUAUUCCAGAAGAUUUCCCACUAGUCUCAGAACGUGCUGGUCAUGGAGAUCACUCCGACAAUUCUGCCGAUGAGAAACACGUGCAAUUUGGUAAAAAAAAGGCAUCUGUUGUUACACCCCCUAAUCUAAGUUAUGAUGAACAACCCAACGACAAUUUACACGAACGUAAAAGAAGAAAAAGCCGAAUACAGUAUUACAGACAACGGAAAUUUUCCCAUCAAGACAGCGUGGAAGCCAAAAAAGUCUCCGAAGAAAACGGCGAUGCCGGCAAUCGUAAAAUUUCAGCACCGGAAGACGCUGCAUUGGAGGCGCCAAAGGUUAAUGAGGCUGAUCUUAAUGAAUUAAGAUCACAUCGUUCGGAUGAUCCCAGAGCAUUGCGAAGGCACAAAAUUCAUCACUCAUCCAUUAAACUGAGAGAAUUGCCGCAAAUAAGUGUAGCAGGUUUACAACAGGCUAAAAAGGCGUUUGAUCACAGUCCCCAUGAGAUCUUUGUUCAACUUGAUGAACUUACUGGUUCCGGUGAAGAUAGGGAGUGGAAAGAGACAGCACGUUGGAUCAAAUAUGAAGAAGACGUUCAAGAAGGUUCUGAUCGAUGGGGAAAGGCUCAUGUCUCAUCGCUAUCAUUUCAUUCAUUGCUUAACUUAAGGCGAUGCCUUGAGACUGGCGUAGUACUUUUGGAUUUAAAUGAAAAAGAUUUGCCAGCUGUAGCAUAUCGAGUAGUCGAACAGAUGGUCGUGGAUGAUUUAAUUCACACAGAUGAUAAACCGUCCGUAUUGCGUUCGCUACUCUUACGCCAUCGUCAUGUUAAUGAAAACCAGAGCGGGUUUCCUUUUACCAAGCGAAAGUACAACAGCUACACGAGUUUACAGCUACUUUUAUUGGGAAGCGAAAACAAUAAUCACCAGCAUAUGCAGAUGCAACAGAGAAAUCGCGGCAAUGCACAAACACGGCGCUCUAUAUGUGAAACACUGAGCGCACCUCCUCCAAUAGCGGUCGCCAUUGAGCCAUCAUGCCGUAGGCACUCUACAAUGUCGUAUAUGGGUGUAAAUGUUCAACAUCCCUUAGUUAUUAAAAAUCUUUCGGGCGAUGAUAAAAAAAUCAAAAUCAUGCCCGCCCUUGAAAUUGGUGGUAGCAAAAAGAGCAAUGAUCUUAAAAUCGACAUGAAAGACGACAUGUAUUCAUCUUCACAGGAGGAUUUGAAGAAAUUACAAAAUGAUACCAUCUUGAAGAGGAUACCUCAUGGAGCAGAGGCAACGACGGUUCUGGUUGGCGCAGUUGAUUUUUUGGAGCAACCAACAAUUGCUUUUCUUCGUUUGGCAGAAGGUGUACCCAUGCCCAGUCUUACGGAGGUCCCCAUACCGGUACGUUUUAUGUUUAUCUUAUUGGGCCCACCCAACUACGAUUUGGAUUAUCAUGAGGUUGGCCGAUCCAUUGCCACUCUUAUGGCCAAUGAAUCUUUUCACGGCAUCGCUUAUUCAGCAGAUGAUCGCAAAGAUCUGCUUUCGGCUAUAAAUGAGUUUUUGGACGAUUCGAUUGUCUUGCCGCCUGGAAAUUGGGACCGACAUGAUCUGCUGCCCUUCGAGGAGUUAAAGGCCAAAAAAGAUUGGAUUAGAUCUCGAAAAACCAAAGCUCUGCAAAAUAAGAAGGAGCUCAAAGAGCUUAAGGAGAAACAGGCUGGCUCAGAGCUUACCACUGCCCUGGUCGAAAAGAAACCCGACGAUGAAGAUGAUGAUGGCGAAAAAAAGAAGCCUAGUCCUUUGGAGAAGACUCACAGGCUGUGGGGUGGUUUACGCAAUGAUCUUAAGCGCCGCUUGCCCAUGUAUCGCAGUGAUAUAAUGGAUGGUUUGAAUACAGAGACUUUGGCUGCUACCAUUUUCAUGUACUUUGCCUGCCUUUCGACGGCUAUUACCUUUGGCGGCUUGGCUUCGGAUAAAACUCACAACUUGAUUGGCAUAUCGGAGACGCUGUUGAGUGCCUCGGUGGUGGGAGUGAUUUUCCACACAUUCGCAGGCCAGCCCUUGGUUAUAAUAGGCACUACAGGUCCGCUGUUGCUCUUUGACGAAGCCCUAAACAAUUUUUGCAAGGAAAAUAAUAUUAGCUUUUUAACCAUAAGAGCCUACAUUGGAAUAUGGCUGGGCGUCAUUGCAAUUUUAGUUUCGGCUUUCGAGGGCAGUGUUUAUGUGCGUCUGUUGACCCGCUUUACACAGGAAAUUUUCUCGGCUUUGAUUACAUUAAUCUAUAUAGUGGAGACAAUUAUGAAGCUGGUCUCGGUGUACAAGAAACAUCCCUUGCUGGCCGACUAUAAUUUACCGCCACCUACAAUAGCAGGUGGCAGACUGGACGGCGACAAUUCUACUUUGGAUACUUUGAACGACGCUCAAGAUGGAUCGAAUGUGACAACAAAUAAUACCCUUGCCAUCGAUUUGGGCAACCAGGCUCCGUUGAAUAUGCCCAAUACUGCCUUGUUCUGUACCAUCCUAACAUUGGGAACAUUUACGGUGGCCUAUUACCUUAAGCUGUUUCGUAAUUCACACUUUUUGGGACGCAAUGCUCGUCGGGCAUUGGGUGACUUUGGUGUUCCCAUAUCUAUAACGAUUUUUGUUAUGGUUGACUAUUUCAUACCUCAAGUUUACACUGAAAAGUUGAGCGUACCCGAAGGCAUAUCACCCAGUGACCCGGUAAACCGUGGCUGGUUGGUUAGCCUUGGCCCCGUAGAAACUUGGUUGCCCUUCUUGGCUGGCAUACCUGCCCUCUUGGUGUACAUACUCAUCUUCAUGGAAUCGCACAUAUCCGAGUUGAUUGUCGAUAAACCCGAGAGGGGCUUAAAAAAAGGAUCUGGUCUACAUUUUGAUAUUGUUUUGCUGUGUUGCCUGAACACCCUUUGUGGAUUUUUUGGUAUGCCUUGGCAUUGUGCUGCAACUGUUCGUUCAGUUGCUCAUGUUUCUGCCCUAACAAUUAUGUCCAGAACCCAUGCUCCUGGUGAAUCGCCCCGAAUAAUCGAUGUAAAAGAACAACGACUCUCUGGCUUUUUUGUAGCCCUAAUGAUAGGUUUAUCCGUGACCAUGGCGCCUUUGCUACGUCUCAUUCCCAUGGCUGUGUUGUUUGGAGUGUUCCUAUACAUGGGCGUUGCUUCGAUGAGUGGUGUUCAGUUCUUCGAAAGAGUGAAAUUGUUCUUUAUGCCUGUUAAGCAUUAUCCGCCCACGCCAUAUGUGCGAAAAGUUCCUACCUGGAAAAUGCAUAUGUUUACGGCCAUUCAAGUUGGCUGUUUGGCUUUACUCUGGGCUGUGAAAUCCUCAAAGAUAUCGCUAGCUUUCCCCUUCUUUUUGGUGAUGAUGGUUCCCAUACGCAUGAAAUUGGGAUCAAUGUACAAACCCCAAGAAAUUGCUGCGCUGGAUGGUAGUGAGGCAAAACCUGAUGAAGACGAACCAGACUUUUACGAAGAAGCAACUAUUCCAGCGUAAAAUAAAUCUUUUUCUAUCACGCUUCGGCACCUAUUAAUUGCACAAAUUUUAUUGUUAUAAUCAAUGUGGUUAAUGAACUCAGAAACAAAAAAAGUAAAACUACAUAUAUGUUAGAAUACUUUAAUUUCUUAAAUUGUUAAACAGUUUUUGCGAGAUCUACGAUAGAGCAAGCUAGGCCUAAUGCUGCGUCUUAAAUAUUAAGUACUUAAAAUAAUGACUAUUGUUGCAAUUACCAUAUUCAAGCUAUGCCACACGAAAUUCGAUAUCCCUUUCACAUUGAAUUAAAAUAAAACACAUACACCCACAUUCACUCACCAACCACAUACAUAUGUAUGUCUUAUUACAUUUCAGUUUCAAUUAAAUCACUAAGUUAUAUUUGAAAAAAAAAAAUCCAUUGUGAGCUUUAUUACUUAAAGUAUUAAAACUAUAAAACCAAUUAUUAAAAGUAUAAGUCCCAAUUGUAGACGUAGUUGAAAGAUAGAAAAGAAAUUGUACAUUUACAAACAACAUACAUAUACAUAUAUAUCUAUAUAAGUACUUAAUCGCCUUUUUCUGUUGUCCUUAGUUUUCUUCGUACUUGUAAAUUGAUAUUUAUUUGUUAACCAAAAAAAAAAAAAAAAAAUACUAAAUACUAAAUAUAUACCAAAACAAAAUAAUGUAACGAACAUAGGCGUAUGAAUCGAAUGCAGAACUAUAAUUGAUAAAACAAAAGAGUGAACCAUAAAGUUCCAAAAUGCUUUAAGCCAUCUUUGUGAUUGUGUACUUAAAUAUCAGGUUGAAAACAAUACAAACUACACUAUUACUGCUACAGUACAUACAAAACAUAAAAACAUACAUGGAAAAUAAAUAAAAUAUUUAUGAAAUAUGUAAUUCUACAUUCGAAAUGUUAUAUUUACGCACGUACAAAAUGAUUUCAGCUACACAUGUGCGUGUGCAUGCAUUUGCAGCCAUGCAAAACCUACAAAAAGACAUUGUAAAUCAACGAUUUGAACUUUGGAUAGAAAAUAAACACCUAGUGUAAACUUUAAACCAAUUAUAAACAAAACUAAAAAUGAAUACAAAUAAACGAUAGUGAAGAAUUCUAAUUUAAUUUUAAUUACAAAUUUCAAAUAUCUUGAGCCAGUUUUUUUUUAACUUGGCAAAAACAAAAUAUGUACUUUUAAUUGUUGAAAAAUUGCGAGUCCUGUAAACAGCUUAAAUAAUCGUAAAAGUUACCUCAGAUGAAUUGUUGAAAACGCAUACAAUAUCAUGGCUCUGGAAAACAUGUUUUUUGUAAGACCCGCUUGAACUCACAUGAAUUCUAUCUAUGAACAAAGUUCAGAAUGGUUGCACAUUCUAACAAAUUAAAAGAAAAAUAUAUAUAUAAUAAUUUAGGCAAUAUUUUCAUAUUAUAUAAUAAUAUGUUGUACUUACAGUAGUUUCCUUUUAAUAAACUUAUUGAAAAAUUAAUAA